AUGUCUCCGAUCCCGACCCUCUACUCCGCCCCGGAAUCCGGUAAUAGCUACAAAGCGCGCCUCCUGAUUGCACUUUUGAAACUUGAUGUUAGGAUUGUGGAUGUGGAUUUGGAGCAUACCGAGUGGUUCCUGAAGAUCAACCCAAGAGGCGAAGUCCCGGUUCUGGUAGAUGGCGAGGUGACGCUCGGGGAUUCGAGUGCGGUGUUGGUGUGGUUGGCGGGGAAAGCGGGGUCUAGGUUUUGGUCGGGGGAUGUGGGGGAGCAGGCGGGGAUUGUGCAGUGGCUUGCUUUUGCAAACAGUUGGAUUCAAUUCGGCGUCUUCACCAACCGUGCCAUUCUCUCCUACAACGGCCCGUACAACGGUCUCGGGACAAACGCGUCAUGGACGGCCGAGCAGAUUCAAACGUUCCUCCAAGAAGGCGCGGUGCGCGGGAACAAGUCGCUCGCCAUCUUACAGCAGCAUUUGGAGGGGGAGGACUGGUUGGUGCUGGGUAGGCCGACGAUUGCAGAUGUGAGUGUGUUUGUGUAUGUGGCGUUGGCGCCGAUGGGGGAUAUUAGUCUCGAGCCGUAUCCGGCGGUGGGGAGGUGGAUUGGGAGGAUCAAGGGGUUGGAGGGGUUUGUGGGGAUUGUGGGGUUGGAGGAUCCGAUGGUGAGGAGGUAG